GCAGCCUCCUCCCCCGGCAUCCUGGGUGGCGCAGUUCGACUUCGACGAGCCCAGGGAGGAGCCUGCGGGUGCCAGAAGAGCAGAUGCCUCGAGGUCCCUGGAGGCACAAUUCCUCGAUGCCCCACCCGACCUCGCUACCGGCACGGCGACUGCCAGUCACUCCAGAGAGUCGGUCUCUCCGCCCCCAACGCCCACGCCUUUGGCAACUUCCUUGGGCGCUGAGAACCUGUUUGCGUUGAUCGGCGAUGUCUCACCCAAUGCGCAUCUGUCUCAGCCCCCAAUUCCCAGUGCGCCAGCCAGCACAGUGCCAAAGCAGCCAAGUGCUGUCAGCUCGCCACCGAGCGCCUCGUACCCCGGUGAUGCGACCAGGUGGCCGGCUCCACCCGCACCCCAGUCGCCGUGGGGCAUGGCAGAGCCCCCGAAAGGGCAAGGCAUGGAGGGAUUUGCCAACUUCCCCUCAAGCGGCCCAGCCGCACCAGUCGAUGGGCAGAAAGAUCGCUGGUUGGCUGACUUCGACCCCUUGGCCAAGCCCCAGGCGUCACCGGCUUUGGGCGAAGAGGCCGUCUCAGGAAUGCCGUUCUCUGCCUCCGGAGGCAGCGAGCUUGCGUUUCUGGACAUACAAUGGCAGCAAACCUCCCAAAAGAGCACUGCCAGCCACUA